GAAGACCCCAGAGGUGUCCGAUGUGGUUUGUUGUACUAUAAUCCAUUGACCUAUGGCUGCUGUGGCAGCAGGUACAGAUACAGUAAGAAGACCCAGAAGUGCUGUUAUAAUCGAGUCAUUUCAAAGUAUUCUCGGUGUGUACCUCUCCGCAAAUGUGGCUUGCUCUCCUACAACCCAUUGACCCAUAGUUGCUGUGGUGGGAGGUACUUGUACAACAAGAGGACCCAGAAAUGCUGUAAUAAUCGAGUCAUUUCAAAGUAUUCUUCGUGCGUGGUUUACCGCAGAUGUGGCUUGCUCUCCUACAACCCAUUGACCCAUAGUUGCUGUGGUGGGAGGUACUUGUACAACAAGAGGACCCAGAAAUGCUGUAAUAAUCGAGUCAUUUCAAAGUAUUCCUCGUGUGUGCUUUACCGCAAAUGUGGCUUGCUCUCCUACAACCCAUUGACCCACAGUUGCUGUGGUGGGAGGUACUUGUACAACAAGAGGACCCAGAAAUGCUGUAAUAAUCGAGUCAUUUCAAAGUAUUCUUCGUGCGUGGUUUACCGCAGAUGUGGCUUGCUCUCCUACAACCCAUUGACCCAUAGUUGCUGUGGUGGGAGGUACUUGUACAACAAGAGGACCCAGAAAUGCUGUAAUAAUCGAGUCAUUUCAAAGUAUUCCUCGUGUGUGCUUUACCGCAAAUGUGGCUUGCUCUCCUACAACCCAUUGACCCGUAGUUGCUGUGGUGGGAGGUACUUGUACAACAAGAGGACCCAGAAAUGCUGUAAUAAUCGAGUCAUUUCAAAGUAUUCCUCGUGCAUGGUUUACCGCAGAUGUGGCUUGGUCUCUUACAACCCAUUGACCCAUAGUUGCUGUGGUGGGAGGUACUUGUACAACAAGAGGACCCAGAAAUGCUGUAAUAAUCGAGUCAUUUCAAAGUAUUCCUCGUGUGUGCUUUACCGCAAAUGUGGCUUGCUCUCCUACAACCCAUUGACCCGUAGUUGCUGUGGUGGGAGGUACUUGUACAACAAGAGGACCCAGAAAUGCUGUAAUAAUCGAGUCAUUUCAAAGUAUUCCUCGUGCGUGGUUUACCGCAGAUGUGGCUUGGUCUCUUACAACCCAUUGACCCAUAGUUGCUGUGGUGGGAGGUACUUGUACAACAAGAGGACCCACAAAUGCUGUUAUAAUCGAGUCAUUUCAAAGUAUUCCUCGUGUGUGCUUUACCGCAAAUGUGGCUUGCUCUCCUACAACCCAUUAACCCAUAGUUGCUGUGGUGGGAGGUACUUGUACAACAAGAGGACCCAGAAAUGCUGUAAUAAUCGAGUCAUUUCAAAGUAUUCCUCGUGUGUGCUUUACCGCAAAUGUGGCUUGCUCUCCUACAACCCAUUGACCCAUAGUUGCUGUGGUGGGAGGUACUUGUACAACAAGAGGACCCAGAGAUGCUGUUAUAAUCGAGUCAUUUCAAAAUAUUCCUCGUGUGUGCUUUACCGCAAAUGUGGCUUGCUCUCCUACAACCCAUUGACCCGUAGUUGCUGUGGUGGGAGGUACUUGUACAACAAGAGGACCCAGAAAUGCUGUAAUAAUCGAGUCAUUUCAAAGUAUUCCUCGUGUGUGCUUUACCGCAAAUGUGGCUUGCUCUCCUACAACCCAUUGACCCGUAGUUGCUGUGGUGGGAGGUACUUGUACAACAAGAGGACCCAGAAAUGCUGUUAUAAUCGAGUCAUUUCAAAGUAUUCCUCGUGUGUGCUUUACCGCAAAUGUGGCUUGCUCUCCUACAACCCAUUGACCCGUAGUUGCUGUGGUGGGAGGUACUUGUACAAGAAGAGGACCCAGAAAUGCUGUUAUAAUCGAGUCAUUUCAAAGUAUUCCUCGUGUGUGGUUGACCGCAAAUGUGGCUUGCUCUCCUACAACCCAUUGACCCGUAGUUGCUGUGGUGGGAGGUACUUGUACAGCAAGAGGACCCAGAAAUGCUGUAAUAAUCGAGUCAUUUCAAAGUAUUCCUCGUGUGUGGUUUACCGCAAAUGUGGCUUGCUCUCCUACAACCCAUUGACCCGUAGUUGCUGUGGUGGGAGGUACUUGUACAACAAGAGGACCCAGAAAUGCUGUUAUAAUCGAGUCAUUUCAAAGUAUUCCUCGUGUGUGCUUUACCGCAAAUGUGGCUUGCUCUCCUACAACCCAUUGACCCAUAGUUGCUGUGGUGGGAGGUACUUGUACAAAAAGAGGACCCAGAGAUGCUGUAAUAAUCGAGUCAUUUCAAAGUAUUCCUCGUGUGUGCUUUACCGCAAAUGUGGCUUGCUCUCCUACAACCCAUUGACCCAUAGUUGCUGUGGUGGGAGGUACUUGUACAACAAGAGGACCCACAAAUGCUGUUAUAAUCGAGUCAUUUCAAAGUAUUCCUCGUGUGUGCUUUACCGCAAAUGUGGCUUGCUCUCCUACAACCCAUUGACCCGUAGUUGCUGUGGUGGGAGGUACUUGUACAGCAAGAGGACCCAGAAAUGCUGUAAUAAUCGAGUCAUUUCAAAGUAUUCCUCGUGUGUGGUUUACCGCAAAUGUGGCUUGCUCUCCUACAACCCAUUGACCCGUAGUUGCUGUGGUGGGAGGUACUUGUACAACAAGAGGACCCAGAAAUGCUGUUAUAAUCGAGUCAUUUCAAAGUAUUCCUCGUGUGUGCUUUACCGCAAAUGUGGCUUGCUCUCCUACAACCCAUUGACCCAUAGUUGCUGUGGUGGGAGGUACUUGUACAACAAGAGGACCCAGAAAUGCUGUUAUAAUCGAGUCAUUUCAAAGUAUUCCUCGUGUGUGCUUUACCGCAAAUGUGGCUUGCUCUCCUACAACCCAUUGACCCAUAGUUGCUGUGGUGGGAGGUACUUGUACAACAAGAGAACCCAGAGAUGCUGUUAUAAUCGAGUCAUUUCAAAGUAUUCCUCGUGUGUGCUUUACCGCAAAUGUGGCUUGCUCUCCUACAACCCAUUGACCCGUAGUUGCUGUGGUGGGAGGUACUUGUACAACAAGAGGACCCAGAAAUGCUGUUAUAAUCGAGUCAUUUCAAAGUAUUCCUCGUGUGUGCUUUACCGCAAAUGUGGCUUGCUCUCCUACAACCCACUGACCCGUAGUUGCUGUGGUGGGAGGUACUUGUACAACAAGAGGACCCAGAAAUGCUGUUAUAAUCGAGUCAUUUCAAAGUAUUCCUCGUGUGUGCUUUACCGCAAAUGUGGCUUGCUCUCCUACAACCCAUUGACCCGUAGUUGCUGUGGUGGGAGGUACUUGUACAACAAGAGGACCCAGAAAUGCUGUUAUAAUCGAGUCAUUUCAAAGUAUUCCUCGUGUGUGCUUUACCGCAAAUGUGGCUUGCUCUCCUACAACCCACUGACCCGUAGUUGCUGUGGUGGGAGGUACUUGUACAACAAGAGGACCCAGAAAUGCUGUUAUAAUCGAGUCAUUUCAAAGUAUUCCUCGUGUGUGCUUUACCGCAAAUGUGGCUUGCUCUCCUACAACCCAUUGACCCAUAGUUGCUGUGGUGGGAGGUACUUGUACAAGAAGAGGACCCAGAAAUGCUGUUAUAAUCGAGUCAUUUCAAAGUAUUCCUCGUGUGUGCUUCACCGCAAAUGUGGCUUGCUCUCCUACAACCCAUUGACCCGUAGUUGCUGUGGUGGGAGGUACUUGUACAGCAAGAGGACCCAGAAAUGCUGUAAUAAUCGAGUCAUUUCAAAGUAUUCCUCGUGUGUGGUUUACCGCAAAUGUGGCUUGCUCUCCUACAACCCAUUGACCCAUAGUUGCUGUGGUGGGAGGUACUUG